CCGAUUAUGGCAUUUUUAAACAGCGCUAUAUGAGAAUGCUGUAUACAUGGAUUGUAGUUGUUGCCGGCUGCUGUUGGACGGUGGCGCACGGCGAUCCGGUGCGUAGCAUUAUCCCCGUUGACUACGAGGAUAACGAGAGCAGCACGCCCGCGCCCUUGACCGGGCGCAGUGUGGACUUUUUUGCCGCUAACGACGAUUUCCAGGCGCCGGACAGUGCCACGAUUAUCCCGCUGGACUAUCCGGAUGUGUCAGCCGCCGCAGCUCCUUCCUCCCGCCCGGCCCAACCCACGGAAGGCGAGGGUAUUGCUGGACGUAUCAUCAAUGGUACACCCGCGCCGGAUGAUGAGUUCCACUUUAUCGUCAGCAUUCGCCGGGAUGGUGACCAUAUUUGCGGUGGUUCUAUGAUGCCGGAUAUGCAGUCCAUUAUCACUGCGGCGCACUGCGUCUAUGACCGAUAUGGAAACCGGGUACCCGAAGGCGACCUCACCGUCGCCGUGGGCAUCCGGCGCCGUACCAACGUCCCGUCCGCCAACCUCCUGCAAGUGCGUCAGGCGGUGGUCCAUCCCGAUUACGACCGGGAGCGGAUUCUCAACGACAUCGCCAUUCUGCGCUUGAAGGGCAGUGCCGCCGGCAAAGUGGGCGUGACCAGUGUGCAGCUGCCGCCGGCCAAUGCCGAGCCGGAUGUGGGUACGCCGCUGCACACCGCCGGCUGGGGCCGGACACAGGAAGGACCGUAUGCGCCGUCCGCCGAGCGAUUACUGAAAACUACGUUGAAAGUGGUGGAUCGCGCUAAGUGUGCGCGGGCGCUGUCGGCUGGACAGAUUCCCGCGAGCCAGAUCUGCACCGAGAACGCAGUGUCCGGCACUUGCAAUGGUGACAGCGGCGGCCCAUUAGUCAAUCGUCGGAAAGGCGUGGAUUAUUUGGUCGGCUUGACUAGUUACGGCGUUAGAGGGUGUCGCUUGGGUACAGCGGACGCCUUCACGAAAGUCAGCCACUUUACGGACUGGAUCCAGCGCGUGGCUAACGGGGAAAUCCCCGGCAGCGGCAGUGCCUCUGCUCCCUCACCAUGGCGCCGGCCCACGCCAGCGCCUCCUGCUGCUGAUAACGAUGAUGAUGGAACCUGGGGCGGCAGUUUUCAACCCGGUGGUUGUGGCGGUGGAUUUCCGGGUAUGGGCGGAUCCGGAUGUGGUGGGUCCAGCGGAUCCGGUGGCCUGGAGAACUGCUACAUGAUGGGACUAACCCUGGUCUGUCAAACGCCGGAUGGGGAAAUGCACUGCCAGCCCAUGGGCGAUCGCAUCCGGUGCUACCUGAGUUCCUCAUAUUCUUCGCCGUCCAGUAGUCGACUGCACUGCUUUUACCAUGGAGGCGCGCGAUAUUGUAACGCUGGGUCACGCACUUUUCGGUCAUUCGUCCUGGACGAAGGAUUAAAAAUGCGGUUGAUACCGAUUAUCGUUGUAUGCGGCUGUAUGUCGUUAGCAUCAGGGGGAAAGAUCCCAGCAGGCACUCGCAGCCUGGAUUUCUUCGCCGACGAGACGGCCACCAUCAUCCCAUUGGAUUACGCGGAUGAUACCGUGGCCGGUUCCGUCUCGACGCGGAUCAUAAACGGUGAAAUUGCCCCGGCAAACGAAUUCAACUUUAUGGCCAGCAUCCGUCGCAACGGUCGCCAUGUGUGUGGGGGAUCGCUGAUGCCGGAUCUGAAGUCCAUCAUCACCGCCGCGCACUGCGUCUUUGACAAAGCCGGGGAUCGCGUACCAUUGAGCGAACUAACUGUCGCGGUGGGAAUUCGCCAACGGACCAACGUGCCACGUUCCAACAUUAUCGCCGUACAACAGGCCGUUGUGCAUCCCGAUUACGACCGACGCCGUAUUCGCAACGACAUCGCCAUUCUGCGCUUGAUGGGCAGUGCCGCCGGUAAGGGUGCCGUGUCCAGCGUAUAUUUGCCGCCGGCCAACGCAGAACCACCCCUCGGCACAACACUACACACCGCCGGCUGGGGACUGACGGAGGAGGGACUGCACGCAUCCGAAGCGUCGGAGCAACUGCUGAAGACCACGCUCAAGUUGGUGGAUCGCGCUACGUGCCAACGCAAGCUGAAUGCGGGGAAGAUUCCGAGAAGUCAGAUUUGUACGGAGAACGAGAAAUCCGGAACGUGCAAGGGUGACAGCGGUGGACCCUUGGUGAAUCGGCGAGAUAACAAAGAUUACUUGGUCGGCUUGACCAGUUACGGCAUCCCAGGGUGUACACGGGGCACAGCGGACGUCUUCACCAAGGUCAGCCACUUCACGGAGUGGAUCCAGCGCGUGGCCAACGGCGAAACGCCCACCGGCAGUACGGCCGCUCCCCACACCAAGGCACGGACCAAGCGGACCAAGGCACGGACCAAGCGGACCACAACAGCACCGGUGGAAGAAGAAGUGGAGCACCUGGAGGAGGAGGAGGACGACGAGUGUUGUGGAUCUAGCGGACUGGAAGACUGUUACAUGGAAGGAGCCACCCUGGUCUGCCUUUCGUCUUACGGUGAAAUGCGCUGUCACGAGCACCGGGAUAGAAUCAGCUGUACUGUCAGCUCGUUGUAUUCCUCACUGUUCGCUAGUGAACGCUACUGUUUCCGUCAUGCAGGCGCGCGAUAUUGUAUCGCUCUCUAGAGUAAAACGCACCGUUGUAACAUCCGCAGGGAUGAUGGUACCGCAUUUAGCCAGCGUUGUGCGUUGAUUUACGGUUGCUUUGCGGAAUACGAGUAAAUGUUGAGAACAUUAUUACCAUUAGCGUUAAGACGGAAAAAAAGGGCUAGCCCUAUAGUUUGACCUCUGCAGCGCUGAGUGAAAUAAA